AUGGCAAAGUCUUUUAAUCCAGGGCUUCCGAGGAUCGUGGAAGAAACGGAAUCAUAUGGCGGCCAGGUAACGGCAUCCAAACCAACAGUUCCAACAGUCCAAAAGGUGUCCUGGACAGAGAGCAGUAUUUCUCAAGAGUGGCUGAAGCGAAUGAGCCUCGUUAAAACAUCUGUAUUUGCCAUUAAACCCGGAAUAAAUCAAAUCAAGAUUAACACCAAAGACAUGCAAAUCUCUACAACGCAAUACACAAGCAGACAGUUCAAAAGUGGUCGUAAAAGUCAAAGCCUUGAUGGUCUCAGGGGGCAAUCUGCUUUAACAGAGUUAAAAGAAAGAGCUAAAAUUUCAAGCUUAAAUCGACCUUCAUCGGUGAAGUCCCUGAAUAUUGAAGAUACCAACAGGCGGAAACCUGAUUCAACGUAUAUCUGUUUGUUAAAUGGAAUAACAUAA